ACCAUGGCGAGCCUCCUACGCUCACGACUCAGCACCGUACGCACGGUCAGCUCGCGAUGCUUCUCCUCAACAGCGCGCCGCCUGGACUCGGACAACGUCCCCAAGCCGCCCCCGCCCAUCGACGACUCGACGUCUGCGCUCGACUAUAAGCGGUCCCACCACGCCCGUCCGCCUCCGCUGCCGACGAUGGACCUCCCGCGCUCGCGCACGGCGGAGGAGGCCGUCACGAACAUCCUCUACAACACGCCCCCACCAAGCCUGCAGCCGUUCAAGAGGCACGUCCUGAACUGCCUGGUGCAGAACGAGCCGGGUGUGCUGUCGCGCGUGUCGGGCAUCAUCGCCGGCAGGGGGUUCAACAUCGACUCCCUGGUCGUAUGUAGGACCGAGAUCCGCGACCUCAGUCGUAUGUGCAUCGUCAUCCGCGGCCAGGACGGCGUUGUCGAGCAGGCGCGGCGGCAGCUCGAGGAUCUGGUCCCCGUUUGGGCCGUCCUCGACUACACCAACACGAACUGCAUCGAGCGCGAGCUCCUGCUCGCCAAGGUCUCCAUUCUCGGCCCCGAGUACGUCGAAGACCAGUACGGCGGCGGUCCCACGCACGCGCCGCGCCGGCCAGACGACGCGAAGCUCGGCGCCGAGAUGAACCUCGUGCAAAACUUUGAGCGUGCCGCGCACCCCGACGCGGCGGAGACACUCGCACCUGCGCCCCUGACGUCGUCAGAGCUGCUCCGGAUGAAGAGCGACCACCUGCAGUCCAUCUCCGUGCUCGCAGACCAGUUUGGGGCCCGACUCGUCGACGUCAGCGAGCACAGCGUCAUCGUCGAGAUCAGCGGGAAGACGUCCAAGGUCGAGGCGUUCCUCAGCUUGCUGAAGCCGUUUGGUCUCCUCGAGUCGGCUCGUACUGGUCUUAUGGCGAUGCCCCGCUCUCCCUUCAUGUCUUCCGAUGAAGCCGAGACUGCAACAGAAGAGGGCGGCAUCGUCGAUGCCAGUCUUCUCCCUCCAGGUUAAAUCUCGCGCAGCACUCAUUUGCUUCAUACUAGUGAAAUGUAUGCUCACUACGGCAGUCUUACUCAAUUAUCUGGUUUCUGUACGGGAGAAAAGUACCUAACGAUUGCACGAAUGCUAUUCUUCGGGACAGGACUCGAUGUAUGAACGUAGCGUAGAGGCAAGGGCGGCGAUCGACAGCAAGAGGACAAGUUUGCAAACCAAAAGGAAGAGAACCAACGAUUAUCACGACAUUGCAUGCGGGAAUGGAAGAAAGCAAAUGAUGCGCAAGCCCAUAGGAUGGUGAAGAGAGGAGAAUGAUGAACCCGAGAAUACAUACGGUUAAAAAAAUACCAUCACGUCCAUCCGUGGCAUGUAUGAGUAAGAAACGGUACGGAAGACGGCAAAGCACUGCUACCAUGAUAUUAGAAUACAAUCCUGCGAUAGGUGUGGACAUCACGUCCGUGAGGAUGUCGGUGACGGUGGCUUCGAGCCGGGCUGGCCGCCAUUGGUGGCGACACUGAGCCCAGACUUGGGCUGCUGCUGAGCCUGCGUGCACGCCUCGCGGACUUUGCGUAUCCACGUCUGCGCGAGGGCAGAGCUCGAGGUGAUGUACGUGUAUGAUUUCGCGCUUGUCAUUACCACGAACUCGCGCUCGCCUUUCGGCUCAAUGCCGAUGACGCUCGUUUUGUUGUCCUUGUCGCGCUCGGACAACCGCAAGGACAGCUCGUUGCUCAGCUGGUAUGGCCGGCCAGGCUUGUGCUUGAGGCAGACCAGUCGGCGGUCGGUAAGCACCAGCUCGCGGGUCUUCCGCCGUGGAGCUCCUGCAAUGGCUAAUAAUCGACUGGCGCGUCUUCGCAGGACACUCUUCUCGACCAUUGCGUUGAAGAGCACCAGUUCUCCUACCAUAAGAAGCGCAGACCACUCUUCAUCAUCCCCGGACAGCCCAUUACCAUGGAUAGGCGUCUGCGUUCGGUCUCUACCACGCGCUAUCGCCAAUGCUGCGUCUAAUGUAGUGCUCGGCGGGCUGCCGUCCGAUGAGCUUGUUGUAGAGCCUGCGGAGAACGAAUCUCGCGGGCCGCUGGUAACCAGAGGGACGUCGAUCGGCUGCGUCCUCACUGCUGACGGAAUGUCAUCGAGUGUCGGCGCGACAGUGUCCCGAUCUUCGUCCGCUUCGGCACCUGAAUCUGUCUUCUCGCUUUCUGACGUCUGCCUCGAUAGCGGCAGUGGCUGUGAAGGCUCUUGUGGCGAUGCCUGCAAAUCACUCUCCGCAAAUCGCACCCCAGACCCUGAGUGUGAGUGUCCGUUGGCCCCGUUCGCCUUGCUCAAUGGCCUAGGGGUCUGCCGACCGUUUGUCUCCGCCGCACCGACAGGUAUGCUCGGUGAGGGCACGUAUGUCGGUCGCGUCUCGCCCAUGGGUCCCACCUCUUCAACCCGACCAUUCUGCUGACCCGAUGUUGCUUGCAUCUCCGCGAACCUGACCUCCCCACCCUGAUCGUCAUCUGACGCCCAGCUCAUCUCAUCCUCGUCUCGCCCGCUGUCUACCAUCUCAUCCCACGCCGCACCUACAUCAUCCCACCGCCCUUCAGCAGCCUGUGGAUCCUUCUUAACAAGACCCACUUCGAGCGGUGGUGCUGGAGAGGUCCAAAGUAAUUUCCAGUCUAUACUCGAGAAGAACGGGUGCGACCGCAGGGCCUUCAUGUCGUUUUCGCUGCCUGGUGCACCGGCUCCUAGUCGCUGUCCCGGAUCGCGCACCAGAAGCUUUGAGACCAGAUCUUGAGCCUGCUCGUCGAACCCGUCGGGGAAAGUAUAAUCGAGCUGCUUAAUCUUCUGCCAGGUGAGGUAUUCUGACAAGCCCUGGAACGCGAAGCGGCCUGCAAUCAUCUGGUAGAGGAUGCAGCCAAGGGCCCAGAGGUCCGAGCUUUUGCUUGUCUCGUUCACUUCCAACAGCUCCGGCGAUAUGUACUGAGCAGUUCCGACCCACGUCUUGGCACGGUCGGCUGCGGAGUUAACAAUUUUGCCUGUCCCAAAGUCCGUAAGCUUGAGAUGAUAAUUGUCGUCUAGCAGCAGAUUCUCCGGCUUCAAGUCGCGAUGUAUGACACCCUUCGUGUGCAUGUAGUCGAGCGCAUCUAUGAGUUGCGCCGUGUAGUACCGUGCGCAAUCAAUAGAGAGCGACCCUAAUCUAGAUAUUCGAGAUUGUAGUUCCCCAUUCCGCGCGAGAUCCAGGACAAAGAAUAGACUCCAUUCAUCUUGGAACGUCCAGUGCAAAUGAACGAUGCCGGGAUGCUCUGCGCCGAGCCGCACGAGGGUGUUUUUCUCGGCCAACGCGGUCGCGAGCUUGUUGUUGCGCUUCAAGUGGCCCUUGUCGAGGACCUUGAUCGCGUACUCCCGUCCCGUACUCCGGUGCCGCGCCAGCAUGACGGUCGAAUAGGAUCCCUCGCCGAGUACCCGUCCGAACUCAAAGUCGCCCGCACUUAUGCGACCAUUGACUGAGCUCUGGCGUGACCUGGACUGGCCACGGAGCGGUGCUGGAGGCCGCAGCUCUGUGUGCCUGUCUUCUGAGCCGUCUGCGAUUCCUAGCUCCCGAGUGAGGUACUGUGGAGGCCUCGAUCCGCGCGGAGUCUGCGGGGGCUGCGGGCUCCGAGAACGCACCGACCUGCGUUGUGGAGAUGUAAAGUUUCGUGUCGGGCGUGGCCGAACGGGAGUUUGGAUGGUCAGAUCAGAGGUAGAGCUGGAGCUGGAAGACGAGGAGAUGACUGAGGCGUUCCUACUAAGGUCUGCAAGCGUCGGUUGCCCGUCUUGAGGAGACGGCGAAGUGACUUGGAGUUUGAU